AGUAAUAUGUAAUCUUCCUAAAGUGUCAUGGCCGCCUCCCAGUCAGAAAAGUCGUCUGAUCCCGGCUUGGCCGCAGGUUCGGCGGAAAACCACGUCCCAGGAAACACCGUGCGCCCUCCUAGUCCUCUCGGAGCUACACCGAGACCGCCUCUGAUGAGGGAACGCCAGGGUUUGUCCAGGUCCGGCGCAGAGGGCUCAGAAACGGCCCGCGAAGAACCAGGAGACAAAGGCAACACCAGUAGACCUGGAGAUAUCAGCCAAGAAGAGUCGUCCAAAAACUUCACCAUCCUCGCCUUCAUCUUCCUGGCAUCUCUGGUUGUCUUAGGUCUCGUCUACUGGAACUUUCCAGAUCUGAAGGAAGAGGAGAGAGCAGCAGUGAAAUUACCAAGAAACAUAGAAGAUGCCAAAGCACUCGGACGUGUGCUGUCAGCAUACAAGGAGGCGUACUACUAUGAAGUCAUGGCAGGAGUGAUUGUCACUUAUAUAUUUUUACAAACAUUUGCCAUACCAGGGUCCAUCUUCCUCAGCAUCCUGAUAGGCUACAUGUUCCCCUUCCCUCUGGCACUCUUCAUCGUUUGCUUGUGUUCUGCGACAGGUGCCUCUUUCUGCUAUUUAUUGUCAUAUCUGGUGGGGCGACGACUUGUCCUGCGCUACAUCCCCGACAGGGUCAAGCAGUGGUCAGCAACGGUGAACCGUCACCGUGACAACCUGCUGUGGUACAUCAUCUUCCUGCGCAUCACCCCGUUCCUGCCCAACUGGUUCAUCAACAUCACAUCUCCUGUUAUAGACGUUCCACUCUACCCCUUCUACCUGGGCACCUUCCUGGGCGUGGCCCCACCCUCCUGUAUAGCGAUCCAGACCGGCACUACUCUGUACCAGCUGACUCACUAUGGAGCUGCGGUCUCCUGGAAGUCUAUGAGCUUCCUGGCUGUGUUCGCUGUGCUGUCCCUUCUCCCGACACUCUUUAAGGGCAAGCUAAAGGAGAAGUUUGACUGAUGUAGUUCAUAGGAAAUUUCAUUUGUCGAGCCUAGAGCAUACAUCCUUGAAAUACAGUAGAAGCCACUUAAUUGCACGGCCUAUUUGCCAGUGAAUUUCAUGCAAUUAUCCGGCUGGUGCAAUAAUACAAAGUUAUCUAGCUGGACCGCACCGCUUUGGGA